CCGCGGCGGAGCCGGGCCGCGGGCCACCAUGCUGGGCCUGGACGCGUGUGAGCUGGGGGCGCAGCUGCUGGAGCUGCUCCGGCUGGCGCUGUGCGCCCGAGUCCUCCUGACCGACAAGGAGGGGAGACAGCUGUCGCCCGACGAGGCACUGGAUGAGGCCGUGCCUGAGUACCGGGCCCCGGGGAGGAAGAGCCUCCAGGAGAUCCAGCAGCUGGACCCUGAUGACGAGAGCCUGGUCAAGUACAAGCGGGCACUGCUGGGGCCCCUGCCACCCCUCGUGGGACCCGAGCCUGCUAAUGUGCAGGUGACCAGGCUGACGUUGAUGUCUGAGCAGGCUCCAGGGCCCAUCACCAUGGACCUCACAGGGGAGCUGGCUGCGCUGAAAAACCAGGUGUUUGUCCUGAAGGAGGGCGUGGAUUACAAAGUGAAGAUUACCUUUAAGGUCAAUAAGGAGAUCGUCAGUGGCCUCAAGUGUCUGCAUCACACCUACCGCCAGGGCCUGCGUGUGGACAAGGCGGUGUACAUGGUGGGCAGUUAUGGCCCUAGCGCCCAGGAGUAUGAGUUUGUGACCCCGGUGGAGGAGGUGCCUCGAGGAGCCUUGGUGCGGGGUGCCUACGUGGUCACGUCCUUCUUCACUGACGAUGACAGGACAGACCACGUGUCCUGGGAGUGGGGCCUCCACAUCUGCCAAGACUGGAAGAGCUGAACGUCCCCUACCCCGGGGGCUGUCCUCAGCCCACCUGGGGUCCUUGAUUCCCCUGCCCCUGCAGCCAGUGACCACACCCCCACACCCUCUGCUACGGUCCUGGGACACCCCCUUCCGGGCUGGCACUGUGCCCUGAACAGUCCUAUUAAACGUCACUUGUCUCGGUG